CAACACCAAUCAUCGAGCGACCCCAGAAGAGCGUGUAUCGCGUGUGAGUAGUGGUCCAUCCAUAGGAUGACAUCUCAAUGAUUAUGUAUAUGAGCAGAGCACAGUACGCGCAGCGUCAUUACCAUGUUCAUGUUGCGACUUCCAAUCCGUGCUGCUCAUAUCUCGUGUGGGGUACCAAUUCGCAAUCAUCUUCCACUCAAUCCAAGACUCGUAACUGUUUCACACUCUCGGAACAUGGCAGACCAAUCAGCUCCUGGCGAGCUCCGCAUCACCCCCAUCGAGAAGGAAGACUACGACGAGUGGGAGCGGUUGUUCAGGCUGUAUAUCGAGUUCUACAAGUCCUCGCUCCCGGACGCUCAAUAUCCCAAAACUUUCGCCCGCAUCCUAGAUCCUCACAAAGAUCUAUUCGGCUUGGUUCUACGCGAUGCGAAUGAUCACAGGAAGUUGUACGGGCUUGCACAUUACUUUCCCAUGCAGACACCUUGGGCUGAGGAGAUGCUCAUGCACUUCAAUGAUCUUUACAUUGACCACGAACUCCGAGGCAAGGGCUACGGACGCAAGAUCAUUCAGGCUGUCGCGGAAGAAGCCAGGAAGCAAGGAUGCACACGUCUGCAAUGGACGACGCAGCACGGGAACCCGGCGAGGAAGUUGUAUGAUGAGCUUGCCUCAUGCGACUUUGUGAGCUACCGCAUGAACCUCAAAUGAUCCUGUCGUCGUGAGAAGAUGGAAAGAAAGGAGGAUCUAGUUUACCUAGGGCUCGUCAUCGACGCUUGGACGCAAAUCCCACCUGUCCACCACGUUCACUCUCUUCCUUUGCGCUCAUACAAAAUAGCACGACAUCUGUCUUUGUUUUUAUCUAAGACCUCUAGAAUCCCAUCACAAUUUCAAGGUUGCACCAGCGAUAUCCACGACCGCCGCCUUGACCUUCGCAGUCCAGCAGCGUGUAGUAAUACGGCACACUCGUCAGCGUCCCAGCAGGCGCUUCAUUCGUACCAGCCCCCAAAUCGACAUCUCUCACCACAGCAUAUCCGUUCUUCGCGAUGAUAUCAUC